UCUAAAGCGGUUCAAUACACGUGCAAGAAGUCAACAAGCAACAAGAAUGAGUGAUUUCAACAAGUAUUGCCAAGAAGCCGCCGACGAGGAGCUGCCCGACUCGGAGGAUGAGGAGGACAUCGGCGACGAGGACACCUGUAGUGUCCAGGAGUUGGCCGCCCAAUUCCGGCAGAAGUACAAGCCGCAGGACGAGGCCAGCGUGUCCCUGCAGCGGGAGUAUGUGCUCUGUCUGUCCGCCGAUCAGGGAUUCACACGUAUUGCCGCCGGUCUGUCCAGCUCGGCAAUGCACAUCUACAACCUGGAUGCGGGCGCCGGUAAACUGGCCAACUUCAGCUUCCUGCAGCCCACAGACUCCCCUAAGCCCGUGAGCAUCUGUGGCAUCCGCUUCCUCGACGAGGGACCGCACAACAUCGUCGUGGGAACCACCGAUGGCUAUGUGCGCCUCUACGAUCUGCGGCUGAAGGGCGAGCAGGCGAGAUUCAAGUACAGCCACGAAUACAGAGAGUGGCCGGUGCCCAAGUCGAUGACCUGCUUCGACAGGAACGCCAACGGACGGGUCAUCUGCUGUGGCACCGAGCAGUACCAGAGCAACGCCUUCCUGCUGUUCCACGACGUUCGGGAGCGUCGGCAGAUGGGCUGCUACUGUGAGAGCCACGAGGACGAGGUCACCUCGGUGCGCUUCCAUGCCCAGAAUCCCGAUCUUCUGGCCACGGGCAGCGUGGACGGGCUGAUAAACAUCUUCGAUGCGAAGGAGGCGGACGAGGAGGAGGCCCUGACGAGCACCUUCAACACCGAGAGCAGCGUGGCCCGCCUGGAGUGGCACAGAAACGUCUACGACAAGGACAUCGUGUCCUGCAUCACGACCACGGGCGAUUUCAAGAGCUACGAGAGCGAGGAGGGCGACGAGGUGGCCUCCUUCCAGCGGCCAGAUGUCACGGCGGCCAUACGGCGCAAAAAUGCCGCCAACUUCAACCUGAUUGGUGCCCACAACCAGGAGGACGGAGGAGUCUUCCUGCUGGCGGGCACGAAUUUCAACAAGGGGGAGAUCCUGCGCUCUGUGAGCGUCACCGGCAAGAGUGAACUCCAGCCGCUGGCCAAUUUCCAGGGAAACAAGCAGAUUGUGAGGGACAGUCUCUUUGAUGCCAAGACGGGAUUGUUGGUUACGGGCGGCGAGUCCGGCAUUGUAACUGUUUGGUCACAGGAAACCGGUGCGACGCUAGCCGGCAGCGACAAGCUGAAGGUUAAGAAGGAAAAGAAGUCGCGCAAGCAGGCGCCAUAUUAAAUGUUUUCGUUUUAAAUAAAGUUUACUGAAUUAAGCAA